AUGUCCACCACAACCACCACCACCCAGCCCAUUACCGUGAUGUCACCCAAGGGUCGCAUGGCCCUGGAUGGUGAGCCCACUAACUAUGGCGAUUUUCGCGACGACCUCAACCGCGAUGGAUACGCCGUGAUCAAAGGCGCUGUGCCGCGGGACCGAGCCGACAAGUACUCCGAUGCGUUUUUCGGAUACCUUGAGGGAUUUGAGCUUGGCUACGAUCGAAACGACCCAUCAACCGUCCGACGCGCUAAGCUUCCCGUUCUCAACGAGAAGGGCAUGAUCUUAAGCUAUGGCGUCACGCAUGAGCAGUGGGUCUGGGACAUUCGUGGUGAGCCAGGGGUCGUGGACACAUUUGCGAAGGUGUACGAUGACGAAGACUUGAUUGUGUCUUUUGAUGUUGUGAAUGUCGGAUUUGCCAAUCGAGAGGACCUCCAAGAGAACAAACCUUGGCCCCAUCAGGAUCAGGACCCAACCAAGCCCGGAUUCCGUUGCCUCCAAGGCCUCGUGAACCUCAAUCCCUGUGGACCCAACGACGGCGGACUCAUUGUAUGCAAAGGCGGACACAAGAUCUCCGAACAAUUCCACCGCGAAAUGGCCGACGAGCCAAAGAUCCCAGCGUGGACCCCGGAGUGGUUCGGAUUCACCGAGAACGGCAUGAAAUGGCUCAAAGACCACGGUCUGAAAUGGGAAAAGGUCUGCGUGGAGCCCGGAGACCUGAUCGUCUGGGACAGCCGCACCCCGCAUUAUAACGUGCCUCCGAGUGGGAAGCAAGACCGGCUGGCUGUUUACACGUGCUACACACCUGUUCGAGAGGCGACCCAGGAGGAUCUGUUGAGGAAGAAGGGGGCUUUUGAUAAGCGUCUGGGAACGACCCAUUGGCCGAACGCGGUGCAUGUUGCGCCCACGAAUGUCGCGAUGAGAGAUGGAAAGCCAUGUCCGAAAAGCCGAGAUGGUCCAGUCCAGGAUCCAGUGCUGAAUGAGAGGACGUUCAAACUGACUGGCAUUCCGUAUAUCAAGCAGGAAGCUUAG